GUCACGAGUCACCUCACCACCAGGGCGAUCAGUGAGUCGCUCACUUUCCCUCGCGUCUCGUGCUUCACUUCCCCGCAUCUCCUCGUCGCCCUGGUCGCUACUACCGCCGCACUUGCAGGAUCCGUCAGUGCUCGCACCCGAUCAUGCCGGCGCGCCGGUUGUUGGAAAUAGAGCCCCCAGGCCCUUUUCGUUAUAUUCUGGGCGCGGCGCUGAUGCUGGUGGGGGUCGUGCUGCCGCUCACGUAUUUCAUGUUCCGAUCCAAGCGAACUCCGCCUCCUUCGUUCAAGCAGACGUUUUAGCCCGUCAACCAUUCCGACACCAGACCAGAUCUGCCCAUCCGUUCACUCUCGAGCUCUCCUUAAAACCAGCUGUCAGAUCAGGCUGUCGUUCCGGUUAGGUUUGGGAAUCGCAGCCGCCGUUUGUUGCUGACCUCAGCAACCGAUCAUGGCUCGUCUGCUGGGUGCUAGACCCCUGCCGCCGCUGCUGCGGGUGCUGGUGGCGGUGAUGGUGGUGGGGGCGGGGGUGGCGGGGGUGAGGGCCUGUAUGAGGACCAGGUGGGGACGUACGACUGGUACCAGCAGCGCAUUGGCCGGGCUCGCUUCGCGUCCUUCCUCACCUCCUCGCAGCGCAAGCGCGUGCUCGUUGGCACGGAUAGGAACGUCGUUGCUGCGCUAAACCUCCGGACAGGGGAUAUCGCGUGGCGUCGUGUGCUGGGGGAUGCUGACACCCUCCACGCCCUGGAUAUGGGCGGCCGAUAUCUCAUCACUGUAUCCGGCACCAAGAUGGCAGCAGUGAGGGCGUGGGCGGUACCCGAUGGCGCCCUUGCAUGGGAGACCGCCCUACUGCUGCCUUCGGCUGCUGCUUCGACAGGAGGGGCUGUGACUGCUAGUUUCAUCACCAUUUCGGCCCCUGAUGCGCCUUCCACAGACCGAGUGGUUGUCUUACUUGGGGCAGCAUCAGCAGCAGCAGCAGCAGCAGGGUCCAACCCAGCAGCAGCAGCAUCUGCCGUGCAUUGCUUGUCAGCUGCUACUGGUGAAGUGCUCUGGUCAGCCGCCCUGCCCACACCAGCGCACAGCAUCUCCCUCCUCCCCCACGGUUCUAUCCUCCUCACUGCCCUCUCCCCUGACCUCUCCUUCUCCCUCACCACCCUCGAUGCCGCCUCGGGAAAGGUCACUGCCUCUGCUUCCUCUCCUCCUUCCUCCUCCUCCUCCGUUUCCUCCUCUUCCUCUUCCUCUUCCUCUGCUCCGAUUCCUGGUCCUGCUGCUGCCUAUGUCACUGCUACAGGCACUGCUGUUGCUGUGGAUUCUGUGUCUGGUAACGUCCUCACUGCUGUGCUGGUUACAUCUGCUACAGCAGAUGCCACAGUGGGCGCUACAGUGGGUGCUACAACUGAUGCUACAGUGCACGUGCGCAGUACGCCCCUCGCCUCUCUCCUACCCAAGGAGCACUACCAGUCGGGAUCUUCAGCUACAGUGGUGCCAGAGAAGGCUCCAGGAAGCUUCGUCUGGCUGUCAGUGCCUGGAGCUGUGUUCCUCCUGUCAGCAGGGGGAGCAGGACAGGCUGAGUCAGCGGGACAGAUGUCACUCGUUGAUUCGUUCCCUGGAGUGAGCGCUGUUAGUGCGAGUGUUGUGGGAGGAGCAGCAGGGGCAGGAGGAGGAGGAGAGGGAAGGGAAGGGGGGGAGUAUCACUCUGGUCUCGUGGGAUCGCAAGGUGGUGGCGAUUCCCUGAAGUUUAACAUCAAGGUUCACCAGCUGCUUCCUUCCUCCUCCUCCUCCUCCGCCUCUCUCCUCUCUGACUCUGUCACUGUUCCUUCUCACCGGGGACCACCGGCUCAAGUCUUCCUCAACGCCUAUGCUAGGGCAGCAGGGGCAGGGGGGGCGGGACGGGGCAAGAGUGAGAGGGCAGGAGGGGCGGGUGAGGGGAAGGCGAGUGCGUUUGGGUUCAGGCUGCUGGUGGUCGGGGAGGAUGACUCACUGUCUCUGCUGCAGCAGGGUGAGGUAGUGUGGGAGAGGGAAGAAGCUCUGGCGUCAGUAGUGGCAGUGUCCGUGGCAGAGCUGCCGGAGGAGGAGGAGGAGCUGUCAGUGGCAGCAGUGGAGCACGACUUGUACGAGUGGGCACAUACACACCUGUUGAGGGCCAAGGCGUCCCUCAAUCUCGCCUCAGCUGACGAGCAAGCCCUGGUGCACCGCCUGCGCACCGCCUCACCUGAAAAGGUCCGGCCUUUCCGGGAUAGGAACGGGUUCCGCCGCAUUCUCCUGCUGCUGACCGCGCCAGGUGGGGGCAACAGAGCGUCAGGUGGAAACAGCAGAGGGUCAGGUGGGAAGCUGUUUGCGCUGCAUUCUGGAGAUGGCCGAGUGCUGUGGGCUGCUGCACUUCCGUCAGGUGGUUCUGCAGUUGGAUUGGGCGCGUCUGUGUUUUCACCUGAAGCUAUGGUCCUGUGGAGGGACCCCCACCGCAUGUCACCUGACCAAACACCUGAAGCUCUGGUGCUGCAGAUUCGGCAGCAGGCACAGAAGCAGCAAGAGGGGGGAGAUAAGGAGGUGGCACAUGCUGCGUUAGUGACUGUAGUGAACGGACACACGGGGGAUGUGCUUGAAUCGAAGGGUCUGCCUUUCGUCCCCCGGCUCGUGGUUCCCCUGCCCCUGGUAGGGAAAGACGAGAGGCGGCUGGUGAUGCUCGUGGAGAAGGGUGAGAAGGAAGCGGAGGACAGGAAGGAGAGAGGAUGGUAUCAGCCCGUGCACGUGCAUGUGUUCCCAGGGACGGAGGAGGCGAGGGGGUUAUUCGAGGGGCACAAGAAGGAGGUGUUCUUCUAUCUGGUGGAUGCUGUAACGGGGGCAGUGGAGGGGUAUAGCAUUGGAGAGAGGGUGGAGGAGGAGGGUAGCAGUGGCAGCGGUGGGAGCGGUGGUGGGAGGGACGAUGGUGGGAGGUUGGGUAGGGGCGUGGUGUAUGGAGCAGUGUUGGUGUGGAGGGUGGUGCUGCCUGCUGACUCGGAGGUCAUUUCAGCCGUUGCUGCACCUAAGAGGGAAGAGUCCCAGAACACGCAAGUGCGUGUGCUGGGCGACCGCAGUGUGCAGUUCAAGCUGCUUUCCAAGAACCUUCUCUUUCUCGCCACAACCACACCCGCUGCUGCCCCUGCUUCCGCUGCUGGGGGCACCGGAACAGGGGGAGCAGGGGAGGGAGGGGAGGAGGGGGGCGCGGUGGUGGUGUACUUGAUAGACACGGUGGGAGGGGCAGUGGUGGAGAGGGUUGUUCACAAGGGCAUGCAGGGGCCGGUUCUCGCGGUAAUGGCAGAGAACUGGGUGGUAUACCACUACUUCAACCCUGCGGCCUCUCGCCACGAAGUAUCCACUAUAGAGCUCCUCGACUCCUCUCUUAAGGACGUCCCCGUUAUAGAGUACCUCAAAUACGGGCUCAGCAUCCCAGGGGCGUCCAAUCUCACCGCCCCGCUUUCCGCAGAGGAAAUUCCCUGGGAGAGGGUGAAGCGGCUGAGGCAGAGUUACUACUUCCCCUAUGCGUUGAAGUGUAUUUCGGUGACUUCCACCCUCGCGGGGAUUACCAACAAGCAUGUGCUGUUUGGCACGGCUCUUGACCAGGUGCUCGCCCUUGACCGUCGCUUCCUGGACCCCCGCAGGGUGCCCGAGCCGUCGCAGCAGGACAAGGAGGCGGGCAUCAUGCCGUACAGCGACUCGCUGCCCGCGCCGGGACAGGCCUAUCUCACCCAUCGCUACCGCGUUGAAGGCUUGAAGCACAUCAUCUCUGUCCCCACGCGCCUUGAAUCAACGACUCUUGUGCUUUCUUACGGCAUGGACGUCUUCUUUGUGCGCACGGCCCCGUCUCGGGUGUUUGACUCGCUGGGGGAGGAUUUCAGCUUCGCGCUGCUGCUGGGCACCAUUGCUGUGCUCUCGAUCGCGAUCUUGGUGACCUUUGGUUUAUCGAGGAAGCAGGAGCUCAAGCAGAGGUGGAAGUGAGGGAUAGGGGGAUGAGGGGAAUUUGUGGACGGGGAGAUGAGACACUCGGCUUUGCAAGGCCGAAUUGCGAGUGUUUGACUCGCUGGGGGAGGACUUGAGCUUCGCGCUGCUGCUGGCCACCACCGCUGUGCUCUCCAUUGCCAUUCUGGUGACAUUUGCUCUGUCCAGAAAGCAGGAGCUGAAGCAGCGGUGGAAGUGAGGGGUAGGUGUGGGGGGGUGUGGGGAGGAGGUGGUAAGUUUCUGACUCAGAGGACUUCAGCUUCGCGCUGCUGCUGGGCACCAUUGCUGUGCUCUCCAUUGCCAUUCUGGUGACAUUUGGUCUCUCUCGCAAGCAGGAGCUGAAGCUGCAGUGGAAGUGAGGGGGGGGAGGGGAAUCUGUGGGAGAAAAGUGAGAAAUUUGGCAUUGCAGGGCCGCAUUGCUAGUGCUUGGCUCACUUGGGGAGGACUUGGGCUUUGCGCUGCUACUGUGAACCAUUGCUAUGCUGGCUGUUGUGAUUCUUGUGACCCAUGGUCUCUCUCUCGCAUAACCAGGGGCUGAAGCAGAGGUGGAUUGAGUGAGGGGGUUGUGUGUGGGGCGGCCGAGGCUUUGCUGUGCUGCUGGGCACCAUUGCUGUGCUGCUGGGCACCAUUGCUGUGCUGCCGGGCACCAUUGUUGCUAUUCUGGUGACCUCCGGUGACCGGUCUGUCUCGAAAGCAGGAGCCGAAGCAGCUGUGGAAGUGAGUGGUAGGGGAUGUGAGGAAAAAUCUGGGGGAGUGUGGAGGAUGGGUAGAAACGAAAGGACUGGAGGUUUUUCCCUCCGGGCUAAGUAGUCUAUUUUUUAGGCGCCUCAAGAAUAGAUUCCCCCCUCUGGGCUAGGUAGCUGUGCUUUAGAUUACCUAGCUGUUGACAUUGUGUGUGUCUCUGGCAAUACUACAUUUUACCCAGUCA